AUGGCAAACUUACUAUUCUGUUAUAACAAGGGAUGUGCCCAGAAGUUUGAUCCUGAAGAAAAUUCGGAAGAUUCAUGUCACUACCAUCCUGGAGAGCCAAUUUUUCAUGAUGCAAAAAAGAAGUGGUCCUGUUGCAAUAAGUACAGCACAGACUUUUCUGAAUUUCUUAACAUAAAGGGAUGCGCUGUAGGGAAGCAUAACGGUGUCCCUCCAGAUAACACUGUCAAAGAAAAGAAAUCUGAUUUUCCAACUAAACCUGUUCCUCCACCUACGCCUGUAGUAUCAAAACCUGUUGCAUCCCAAAGGCCAUCACGUACCGAGCCCACGCGUGAUCUUCCACUUGAAGUUGCACCAAACCUUAGGUCAGCUCUGGAAGAUUUAUCACUAGAUCCAUCCUUCAAACCACUACAGAAUUCUACGGUAGAAAAUAAAAAAGGUAGUCCUUCACUUGGUACAAACUGCAGGAACACUUCAUGCAAACAGGUCUAUACAGGAACAGAUUCAGAUAAUGGACUCUGCUUAUACCAUCCCGGUGUAGCUGUAUUCCACGAAGGACUGAAGUAUUGGACUUGUUGUAAUCAGAAAACUAGUGAUUUCGAUGCGUUCCUUAAACAGAUCGGUUGUACUACAGGUCGUCAUAAUUGGACCGUGGAAGAUGCAAAAUCAACCAAUGCAACAUUAACUCUACAACCGAAUGCAAAUUGUCGUUUUGAUUGGUAUCAAUUUGGUGGUUGUGUUACAUUAGAUAUUUAUGCUAAAAAUAUAUGGCCUGAAACCGUUACUAUUAAAGUGAAUCAAAUAGUAUUACAUGUUUCAUUAAAAUUUGGUUUAGACUAUCAAACAUUUGAACGGGAUUUCAAUCUAUACGGUUCUAUAGAUCCAAAACAAUCCAUUGUUAAAUUAAUGCCAUUAAAAGCUGAAAUAAUUUUAAAAAAAGCUGAACCAAUAACAUGGCCAACACUUGAAUCUAAACUAUUAGAUCAUUCAGAAAUGAAUAAUAAUAAAGAAACGAUUGAAGACAAUUCAAAAUAA